UACAACUCCCGCCACCAAGCAUCUUUAUUCACCGCUAGCUACAACACUAUAACGGCGCAUACGUCAACUACCUCAUCUACGACAUCUUUAUAUCCCACAGAUAUCCAAUCGCAUAUACAUAGUCGCAAAAGAAACAUAUCAAACAUGGCGUCAGCUACCUCCGUCUUCGACUUCAAGCCGCUCAACAAGAAGGGUGAACCCGCACCCCUCUCCGCCUACGCCGGCAAAGUCCUCCUCAUCGUCAACACCGCCUCCAAGUGCGGCUUCACCCCCCAAUACGGCGGACUCGAAGCCCUCUACCAGAAGAUCGAAGCCUCUCACCCCGGCGAGUUCGUCGUCCUCGGCUUCCCCUGCAACCAAUUCGGCGGCCAGGAGCCCGCAGCCGACGACCAGAUCCAGGAGUUCUGCCAGAUCAACUACGGCGUCAGCUUCCCCAUCUUCGGCAAGACGGAGGUCAAUGGCGAUAAUGCCGAUCCGCUGUGGGAGUACAUCAAGAGCGAGAAGCCGGGGUUGAUGGGCAUGAAGCGCGUGAAGUGGAACUUUGAGAAGUUCCUGAUUAGCAGGGAUGGGAAGGUUGUGGAGAGGUGGGCGAGCACGAAGAAGCCGGAGACUUUGGAGGGUGAUGUGCUCAAGGAGAUUGCGAAGAAGGCAGCUGAGCCAGUGAAGUCAGAGCUGUAAGCUGUGAAGAUGGAAGUUGGGGGGUGUAGAUAUGCGGGCGGAGGUGCGUGUGCCUACGAAGUGGUUAAUUGAGCUGGUGCUGGGGGUGGCUAGCCGCGCGGUGCAGUCUCGUUAUGCACCCUGCGGCAGACUGAACUGUACUGUACAAGUACGAAAUGCAGCUUCUCACUGUAAUUUCCACUGUCACCACCGCCAUCGCAACCUGCGUCUGUGAGUACCUCAUUUGCGAGCUCAUUUGGGGGGUGGAAGGGAGCCAUGUGUUAGCAAGAUACCAUGGUCGGCGGUCCUACUAUUUAGCCUCUUUUGCUGGGCGGAUGUAUUCUGUCGCGACGACAUAGAAGAGCAGCAGGAUUGUUGGGAGUCCCUGAACUAGAUACUAUAGAUAUGGCCAUAGAUUUCCUCACAGAUUUUUGAUCUAAUUUAAUUAAUUGUUGAUAUAGAGCAG